UUGUAAAAUUACAUUGACACAACUUUUUUCUUCUUCUAAUAAUGUCAGAUCUUCUUCCCCACCUUCAUAACCCCCAUAAAUUCUGCCUUUUGCUGGCCUUUACUUUGGCUAUUCCGACCACCUUAAAUUAAACUCCUACUUAAUUUAAUUUUCAAUUUUAAUCUAUGCUUUCUUACAUUAUUCUUUAUAACAUAAUCAAUUAAUCACCCUUUCCUAAAGUAAGUACCAUUAUACGGAGUAAUAAUUAAUUAAAUUAAACCCAAAAAGCAGCCAUUUUUUUUAAAAAAAGGUCUUGUGAUUUUGGGUGUUUAUUUUUAUUUUUAUUUUAUUAUUAUUGUAUUUCGUGGGUACCCUUCUUCCAUAUAAGGACAAGUUCAAGAUCUUCUGAGCAAAAAAUUGAAGUUUCUGGGCAAAUAAAUCAUUGGGUAAUGGGUUGUUGCAGAUGUUGAUUGUCUAGUUUGAUGUCAUUCCAAAACUAGAUUAAAAGGCGAGGAUUGGUAGCACUUCUUUUAGUUCUGCAGGAGGUAAUCAUGGCUCCUACACUUGAAGCAAUCAGAGGUGGUGGAGGUUCUGUCAAGGUAGGCACCAUCGGAACAAUUGGUUCUUUGAUGACGAGGGAAAUUGAAUCUUCAUCACCGCGUACCUCAGUUCCUGCUGUUCGUGGUAAUGGCCCUCUGAAGCCACGCAAGUUGAUGAGUGAAGCAAGCAGCAGUAGCAGCAGUAGCAGCAUCAGCACUCCCUCCAGUAUUAAGCAUAAAAGCCCUGAAGCUUUCAGGAAAACAAAAGUUCAAAAUCUUAGCACAACUACUCCUAGACGACCAAAACAAAAGACACCAUUCGAAGAUGUGGGAAAGAAUAGCACUGUUAGCCAGGGAACCAGUAAAAGAAGCCUAGAUCCAUCAGGCAAAACACGGAGCCGCAAACGUAGCUAUCAUAUCCCUAUGCUUGGCUCAGAAAACAUCCAUCUGGAUAAAACUCCUAUACGGGAUAAACCCACAAAGAAAGGAUCUACUAUUGUUGAUAUAGUGGACAUACACUGUGGGAACCCAGGGGGUUCCAUAAGCAAUAGACUGAAGAAGCUUAAUUUUUCGAAACUCUCUCAGAGCUUCAUGUAGUAGAAACCUAUGGACUCUCCAUCAGUUAGUCCUCAGGUUUUUGUAGUUAAUCCCAACAGCUGAGUUUAACCUUUUGCUAUUCGAAACAUCAACCAUUGAACACAUGUUUGAUAAGAAGAACUUGCUUCCUCCUUGUUUCUUCUUCUUUUGAGAAAUAACCGCUAAUUUGGAGUUGGAAUCUCGAGCAGUAUCUCUGCUGCAGCUUACCUGAUCUGAUUGACAGUAGUAUUUUAUCUCCUGCAUUAUGAGGGAGCCAACAGUUCCUUUGGUGCCGAUUUCAACAGGAACUCCUGUGGCCAUUUCUGCCGUAUAUUUAGUGUUUGUGAUGAUAUUUUGGGGGUGUGAAGUUUAGACUUCUUAGGCAGGUUGGUUGUUUAUGGUCUAGGGGUUCUGUUAUCCGGUCUUAUACUCGACGAUUUGUUGUUGCAUGAACAUCUUGCCUCAUGGUUGUUCUUUAUCUAGAGGUUAUUGUUAUGGGACUCUUUAAUAGCUGGAGCCUUUGAACUAACAUGGGUGUUGUGGUCAUCAUAAUCUUGUGCUUGCAGGUAUAUGUAAAUAUCAAGUCAUUAUAUCAAUUUGCAUUAACUUC